AGAGGCGCCUUAAGCCACUUGGGGUUCAGCCUGGUGACAGGGAGUAGGUGACGUUAAUUGCCGCCAUCAACGCCACAGGGCCUGGUAUCAUAACCCUCAGGAUUAGAGAAUAGGGGUUAGUAAUAAUAGAUAGACAACAAAUAAGCUUGGGCUUGCCUGGCUACAGCACUUUAUCAAGCACACAGAGGUUAAGAAAGUAGGUAGUUACAGACUACUAAUUCUUGAUAGCUACAAGAGCCACAAGUCACUCGCCUUCCAGGAUCUUUGUGAGGAGAAUAAUAUUAUCACCCUCUGUAUGCCCCCUUACACCUCACACAUCCUUUAGCCGCUUAAUGUAGGUUGCUUUGCCCCCCUAAAGCGUGCGUACAAGGAGGAGAUCUAAGUCUUAGCAAACUGCUAUAUUAACCACAUUAACAAGAAAGCCUUCCUAGCUGCACUUACCCUAGUAUUUAACCAGGCCUUCUUAAAGGACAAUGUCCUAUCAAGCUUUAGAGCAACUAGCUUAGUUCUAGAUAACCUAGAGGUGGUGCUAUUAAGGCUUAAAGUGAAGCCUUGUACACCAACACUAACUUUACCUAGGAGUACCCCUUAGCAGCCUAAAACACUAAGCAACGCCUAGGAAAUAGAGGCUUAAAUAACGCUAAUUCUUAAGAGGAUAAGGGACUAUAGGAGUUCCUCACCUAAGUCUAUUCUUAAGAUAGUGCUGCAGGUUAAAAAGGGGUUAACUUUAAAGGUACACUUACACACGUUGCUUGAAGCUCAGAUAGAUAGUCUUAAGCAAGCAAAUCAGGCUGCUUCUGAGCGUAAAAAGCGUAAGAAGAAGCAAAUACAGAAGGGGGGACUCUAUCACAGGUAGAA